UUAUUCGACCCGGACCGAAAUCAACGUUGCUCUUCAGACAGGCAUGGCGUCCAAACGAACUCUAUAGAAAAUAGCAGUGUAAAAGACACAUCAUUUAGCCCGGCAUUGGUGCCCUACUGUUAAACCAGUACCAGAGAUUCAUCGCCAAAAGCAACAAUGGCGUGUCGUACCAUAUGUCAACUUCUACAGCGCCGGUUGGCAUCCAGUGCUGCCUCUGUGCGUCUCUCGGCUGCUGAGGUGCGUGGUCAGCGCAGCGCUGUGUUUUCCCGGGAGCAGGCUCGCCAGCGUUCCCUGUACCCACGCACAGAGAAGAUCGAGGUGACCUUGCAAAUACCCGGUCUGCAGGGCACCCUGCUCGUCAUGAACAAGGGACUGUCCACACCACACAGCUGUGCACGCCACUUGACAGAGUGGUAUGUAACCAGCUCUGCCCUGGCCUUAGUAGAUGGAAAGCCCUGGUCCAUGCACCAGCCCCUCACCCAAUCCUGCUCCCUCUCCCUGCUCACCUUCAAAGACACAGACCCACUGCUGGUCAACCAGGCAUACUGGCGGUCGUGUGCAGCCCUCCUUGGCCAGGUCCUUCAGGAUGCCUUUAAAGAAGACUUUUCUGUGGAACUGCUCAGACUCCCAGAGGUGCUAGUAACUUCAGGAGCGUUCUGUUGUGAUGUGGUGCUGGAUCCUCAGUUAGACGCCUGGAGCCCUUCAGAGGAGUCCCUGCGCUCUCUGACGUGUGGUGCUCAGCAGCUGAUCCAUCGGGACCUGCCCUGGGAGCCUCUGGAGGUGGCGCCCCCUGUUGCCCUGGAGGUCUUCUCUCACAGCAGGUGUAAGCAGGAGGAAGUGGAGGAGAAGUCGGCACAAAGUCCUAAAGGCACAGUGAUCCUCUACAGGUGUGGGGACCAUGUUCUGUUGAGUGGGGGCCCCUUGGCGGCGAGGACAGGGCUGUGCUCUCAGUAUGAGGUCACUGCCAUCCACCCUCUAGGAGAGGGCAAGUGGGGUCUCCACCGCCGGGCCCAGGGGCUCUCACUGCCCCUCCAGCAGCAGGCCCACCACACUGUGUGGAGGAAACUGAGGAGCAGGGCAGAGAAGCUGGUUGAGGUGCCCACAGGAUCAACCAAUGAAGCCAUUUCAGAUACAUUGACACCGCCCUCUGCCCCUGAACAGACUCCUCCCCAUACUCCCCAACAAUGAUCAUGACUAUAACCUUGUCAUUAUAUAUGUCUUUGUAAUAUUUGUGGAAUAAAUGUGUCACGCAUGGAAAUCGUCCCCUCUCCUCUGUACACUAAAUGCUUGCUGAAAUUUAAGUGGGUUAUUGGUUUAUGACAGUGUAGCUGACGUGGUGUAGAGUGAAGUUGCUGAUCUUGGGUCAGUUUUGCAUUUCCCCCGCUAAUGGUUAAGGUUGGGUUUGGGGGUGGGGAAGCUGAUAUGGAAUCAAAGUAUUUGUUGUGCAGAACGUAACUGGUUUGUGCCCAGUGAGGGAGAAGGACAGAACCGACUCUGUUACAACAGCACAGUUGACUUUUCCUUAAUAUUUUAUGCUUGCCGGGGAUUUGAACCCAAAGUCAAAUGAAUUGAUGACCUGUGGCGUGUGAUAUAGCCAUCUGUCUUUUGUGUGGAAUGAAAGCUGCGGUCCGUGCCAUGCUCGAGCAUAUUAAAGCCUUACACUAACA